GGAAGUGGAGUGAAACAACCUUGCGUUCCAGCAAAGAAGCCCAAUCCCCACAAAAUCAAAAACUAUCAAUUCCACAUGGAACUGGGGAAUGGAACCUUCGGCAAGGUUAUGCUGGCAUCACUGACCAACUGCAGAGAGCAAGUGGCAAUUAAAGUCUUGCAGAAGAAAGACCAACAAGCACAUGUCAACAUGAUCCUGGCAGAGGCACGUGCCCUCAGAACAUCUGAAGGUUGUCCCUUUCUUUGUCGUGGAUAUGCAGCAUUCCAAACAAAGCUGCAUGCUUUCCUUGUUAUGGAGCGCGUGAGAGGAGGAAACCUGCAGGACCUAAUAGAUAUGGAAGGUCAACUUACGAGGGACAGCAUAAUGUAAGUAGCAAGCUAACUAUAAAGAGCAA